GCGAGCCGGGCCGGCGGGGCAUGGCGGGCGGCGGGGCGCUGAGGGCGCUGCCCGCGCUGCUGCUGCUGCUGGUGUUGGCGGCGGGCGCGCUGGGCAAGCCCACGGCGCGGCAGGAGCGGGCCCGGGCCGGAGCCGCGCAGCACGAGGACCGGCCCGGCUUCCAGUACGACCACGAGGCCUUCCUGGGCAAGGAGGAGGCGCGGAGCUUCGACCAGCUCAGCCCGGAGGAGAGCCGGGAGCGCCUGGGGAAGAUUGUGGAUAGAAUAGAUGAUGACAAAGAUGGCUAUAUCACAACAGAGGAGUUAAAAACCUGGAUUAAACGAGUGCAGAAACGCUACAUCUAUGAAAAUGUGGCCAAAGUUUGGAAAGAUUAUGAUCUAAACAAGGAUGAUAAAAUUGCCUGGGAAGAAUACAAACAAGCCACAUAUGGUUAUUAUCUAGAAAAUCCAGAAGAAUUCCAAGAUGCAACUGAUCAGCACAGUUUUAAGAAAAUGCUGCCCAGAGAUGAAAGACGAUUCAAAGCUGCAGAUCUGGAUGGAGACUUGGCUGCCACUCGUGAAGAGUUCACUGCUUUCCUGCACCCAGAGGAGUUUGAGCACAUGAAAAACAUUGUUGUCUUAGAAACCUUAGAAGACAUAGACAAAAAUGAGGAUGGUUUUGUGGAUCAAGAUGAGUACAUUGCUGAUAUGUUUGCAAAUGAAGAGGGUGGACCAGAGCCCGACUGGGUGAUUACAGAGCGUGAGCAGUUUUCAGAUUUUCGUGAUCUCAACAAGGAUGGAAAGAUGGACAAAGAUGAGAUCCAGCACUGGAUCCUCCCCCAGGACUAUGACCAUGCACUAGCUGAAGCCAGGCACUUAGUCUAUGAAUCUGAUAUAGACAAGGAUCAAAAACUAACAAAAGAGGAAGUUCUAGACAACUGGAAUAUGUUUGUUGGAAGUCAAGCUACUAAUUAUGGGGAGGACCUGACGAGAAACCAUGAUGAGCUAUGAUACAUUGUGCCAACCAGUGUGCCACACAUCUUUUCUCCACCUUACUGAAAUCACUGUGUCCAUCCCCUCCUGGAGGGAAGAUGGGCAAGGGACACUCACAACUGAAUGACUUGCAUUAAUAUUAUUUUUAAAUGCCAGCUUAUUACCUCAGAAACCACUUAGAAAUAGCCUUUUUACUCCUUUCACAUGGUUAAAUACAAUCUAUAAGUUACUACAGUUUUAUUUUUGAAAAAAAUUAAGAAGGUAACUUUUCUGAAUAGGUUAGAGCCUGACAUGGAAAAGACACUUCUAAAAACAUUGCAAAGAUUGUUAAUAGCCAAAUAUUUUCUUCAAAUACUCACUUUUACCAUAGUGAAAUGCACCUAGGAUUAGAACCCUAAUGUUUAAUCAGACUUAAGUUAUUUAGUUGUCUUUUCUAAUAGCAUGUAACAGUCUAGAGGUGACCCUUUGAGCCUCCCACCCAGAGAAGAGUUUGAUACCAGCUUUGUCUCCACAGAGUUGCUGUGUGCCUGUUGGGUCAGUGCUGCUGCAGGAGUGUCCAGCAGCCCCCUGGCUCCUGCUCCAAUGUGCAAAUGCACAGGUCCCUUGUCCCUGACCCUGGCGUUCCCAGGCAGGGGUGCAGAGUCCAGCCCGGCAGCAGCUCCUUCCACAACAGAGUGUAAUGUACAGCUGUUUGUGGGCCCUUGGCCUUGCUGCUUCCUGGGAGGAGUUGUGCCACAUGGAGCAUAAUUUAUCUCCUGCUUUUCACACUUCACCCCAGCCCUACUCUUGUUCACACAGUGUGAAUGGCAGCAGCUCUGUGAUGGAGAAGGAAUGAGACAUAUCACCCCUCUGGGCCUUCUGUCUCCUCUGCCACUAAGAGGACAGAUUCUUGUGGCUGAACUCCUGGGUUUGUGUGUAUAUACCUGUAACUCUAAAGACAGCUCUCCUUCCAAAAAAAGGGGGAAGCUUUCUACAUAGGUGCUUUAUUUUUUACUGUAUAAUGUGAGUUGUUACAUGUAUAUUUUUAUAUAACCAACUUCUCCAAGUUUGGUUGGUUUUAACUGUACUGGUUUUAAAAGAAGCACAAUAAAACCAAUACUCUUUUUGAUACUGUGAAGGUGCAAUAACACUAACACAGAUUAGCAGAGAGAUGAUGUGAAAACAGAAACCAAGCCUCUAAAGCCAGUAGUUCCCAAAGCACUGGGAUGGUCAUUUCCAAAAGCAUCUGGACAUACAACCCCAAUUGUUCUUUGUCACCUCAUUAAAUAAAAAGAAAAGCCAAAAA